AUGGCCGCUGUGCAGCUGAACUUUUCGCUCAACACCCCACCAAAGAUCAAGACGGUUCAGCUGCUUGGUUCCUGGGACAACUACCGCACUCAACUGCCCCUCACCAGGACCGCUGCCGGGAAGUAUGCUUCCUGGGCAGGGAAAUUCCGCUUCCAAUCGUCUAUGUUGAAGCCUGGUCAACGAUACUGGUACUACUACAUCCUGGACGGCCACCACGUCUACCACGACGUCAACAAGGAGUCCACUGUGGAGAAAACCACACGACGCACGCUGAACAUCCUCGACGUGCCGCGCGACGCCGCACCGGCCGCAACCACAACCUCCUCGCACGCCCGCGUGGCCAGCCAGACGAUCCCCAAGGGCCGGGCGCUCUCGCCGUCCAAGAUCCAGCACCCCAAGCCGUCGAAGCCGUACGAGUCGCGCCGGUUCUGCGAGAACGGGUACGUGGCGACGCAGCGCGCGAUGGACGCGCUCAACACGCGGUUCGCGCACGCCGCGCUGUCGGACUCGGACUCGGACAUCUCGGCCAGCCCGACGUCGUCGACGUCCGGCCGCUCCAUGUUCUCGUCGCGCGGCGGCAGCACGUCGCCAACGUCGUCGGUGUCGUCGAUGAGCAGCGGCGGCGGCGGCGCCUCGCCGUGCACGUGCCAGCGCUUCGGCAUCACGGCCGCCGGCCAGCGCGUGCGCAUCCACUGCGGCGGCAAGCGCUGCGGCGGCGCGUCGCCGUGCGUGUCGUCGGCGUCGUCCGACUCGUCGAGCUCGUGCAGUAGCUCCGACUCCGAGGAGGAGGAGGAGUACCGCCGCGCGCGCGCGUACGUGCGCCGCGGCGAGGUCCGUGUGCGGCGCUGA